AUGGCUUAUAACAGAGACUCCCCGUACACCCUCACAUUUUACGAAAGUCCUCCGUGUGAUGAGACACAGGACGAUGUUGAUAAUGAUGGGGAAGAUUUUCUUACGAAGGAAUCAGAAAUCGAUCAAGACCCCAAACCAGACGAAAAUGAAGCGAAGGAAGUGGACAACCUCAAAAAAAUGUUGAGUUUCUUUCAAGUGGUUAUGGUCAUCGUUCUUUUGUUGCGAUUAGGCGUAAGUUUGAAAUAG